GGAAGGAAGGAAGCAGGCAGGCCGGUCGGCCAUGGGGUUCCCGUCGGUGUGCUACUGCGUGAUCCUCCCUCAGCCGCUCAUCCUGGUGCUGCAGCUGCUGGACCUGCUCCGGCACGCCGUCCUGCUCUGCCUCUCCUCGCUCGGGCUCGCGGCGCCGCCGGCCGCCGACGACCACCCGGCCUACGCGGCCCCGCCGCCGGCGGACCUCUGGGCGCUGCCGCCGCCGCCGUCGUCCCUGCAGUCGGCGGCGGCCGCGGCGCCGCCCCCGCCCACGCCGGCCGCCAUCAAGGCCCGCCUCCCCGCCGUCCGCUACGCCGACCUCCUCCGGGCCCGCCGCGCCCCGGCCCCGGCCGCGUCGUGCGCCGUGUGCCUGGGCGCGCUCGAGGCGCGCCACCGCGUCCGCGAGCUCGGCAACUGCGCCCACGCCUUCCACAAGGCCUGCAUCGACAAGUGGGUCGACAAGGGCCAGGCCACCUGCCCGCUCUGCCGCGCCCUCCUCCUCCCCGGCGCGCCCGACGCCGGCGCCGGCGAGCUCGCCGACGCCUUCUCCUCCUCGUCGUCCUUCUCCUUCUGAGAGCGCACGUCCGUCCAACCAAGAACCGAAGCCCACCCAGCCCGGUUGAGAGCCAGGUCAGUAACUUAACGAGCUCGGUGUCCAUAGCUACCUACCUACCUACCUACCUACCUAGCUGAUGCCCCCUGUCGUACGUCCAUCCAUGGAUCCAAGCAUAGCUAGCUUUCUUGGGAGAAAUGAAAUGGGGGAAGAGGAGGAGGAGGAGAGAGAAAGAAGAGAGAGAGGUGUCAGUGAGUGUGCGGUGGUGGAGUAUUAUUGGUAGGUGAGGCACUAAUUAUGAGGAGGACAGGGAUGGCUACCUGCAUUGGAUCUGGUGAAUGCAUAGAUCCAUCCAUCCAUCCAUCCACUCCACUUCACCCUUCUCUUCUGCUGCUCCAAUUCACUCUCUCUUUUUUUGUUAAUUUUUUUUCUUUUUUUUUUCUUUUUGAGGGCUUCCCUUGUUAUUGUUAACUUAAUUUGUGAGGGGAACCCAGAGAGAUGUACAUUGUACAUAGCUGCAUCCACUUGACAAUAUUGGAAGAAAUAAUCUGUCUCUCACAUGAUCACUCUCUUGUCA